AUGAGCAGUUGGCGGGAGCGAUGGCGGCCAAGUCGGCGGCCGACACUGCUGCUGCGCUGCAUCCUGCUCAUCUCGGCUGAGCUCGCUGUCAACGCGAUCCUCUGGGUGGUAGCAGCCAUCGUGUUUCGCCAUCGCACACGCUUCCUCACGCUCUCAUUGCUAGCAUGGACGCUCGGGCUUCGGCACGCUCUCGAUGCAGAUCACAUCUCGGUCAUCGACAAUGCCACGCGUCGUAUUGUCUCGCUCCACUACACCGUCGUCACUGGCACGCGGCCACGGCGGCCCGUGACGUGCGGUUUGUGGUUCUCGCUGGGUCACUCGACGAUUGUGGUCGCCGUCAUCUGCGCCAUUGCCAUCAGCUUGGGCAUCGUUGAUCGACUGGGCAAGAUCAGCUCCGUGGGAGGCAUUGUUGGCGCUGCUGUUUCGGGGUCAACGCUGUUCCUGUUCGCCAUUGUUAACUCGAUACUGCUGUACAGCAGCGUCUCAGCUACGCGGAAGCAUCGAGCUCAAUCCGGAUCACCGACGGAGGAGCAGGACAAAGCGACAUCCGAUGCGCGACUCGACGACGUAGAAGGCAAGCAGCCUCAGAACGAGGACCACCGCUUCCGAGGCAUCUUCACACGUCUCGCCUAUCCGCUCUUCCGACUGGUCGACCGGCCUUACAAGCUGUAUCCCAUCGGCGUGCUAUUCGGGCUUGGCUUCGAUACCGCGUCCUCGAUCGCGCUGCUCGGCAUUGCGGGCGCCACCAACUCGCAGGUGCAGGAUACGUCUCUCGAUACGAACCAGGCUAUCUUGCCCGGUGAUAGCGCCAAUCGGUCGGAUGCGAGCAUCGUGUUGCUGGCGCUGCUGUUCACUGCGGGCAUGACGCUGGUCGACAGCUUGGACUCGGUGCUCAUGGUGAAUGCUUAUGCGCCUGGCGAGCUUCUUGCGCCGAGACGGCAGGACGAGGAUGGUCAAGCGACAUCGAGAUUAGCGUGGCUCGGUCGACUGCGCUUUUUCGAGGAUGCCUCGCCGCCUACUCCAACAAACAUGAAUCUUGAUGCAACACCACACGAGAAGAAGGACGAGUUGCUCGAGCCGCAUAAUUCGUCUCUGCCCGAACACGAUCCUACCAACGAGGAACAUUUGACCGGACGAGGCACAUCUUCGACCCUCUCUCACCUCCUGACGCUCCUCUCGAUCCUGCUCGCGUUCGCCAUCUCGAUCAUCACGCUGCUUGGGCUCAUCGGGGAGAACUGCGAUCGAUGCGCACGAGCAGCCGCCAAGCAGGACGAGACGCGUAAUGGCGGACUGGAAGGCAGAUGGUGGCUGUUCUGGCAAAGGGCCAACGACGCCUCUGGUAUCAUUGGCGCGUGUAUCGUGGGCGGCUUUGCGGCGUUGCUGGUGUUGUGGUACGGAGGAAGGGCGUUGCUCAGACGGUACGGUGCUUCGAAGUAG